AUAAGAUAUCACAGGGCCGGUUACAGAAACGUUACUUAUAUUUCGGAAUAUUUCAUUCUCUAUAUCGUCCAUUGUCGCAGGAGUUUCGUUGUUUGGUGAGGGUUUUUGUUGUUGUUAUUCAACUUAUUGUUUUAGGUCACCUAUAAGCUGGAGUAUUCUGAUAUUGUAAGCUUUCUGUGUGUGUGGUGCGUGAUUAUUAUUCGCAUUUUUGAGAUACGUCCCAGUUAUUUCCCUUGGAAAACUCUCGUUUAUAGUAAGGCGUGAAACAAUUUGUUUACGUGCGGGAGUGGGACAAAUAUUCAUCACUGCAUACGUGAAUGUGCUCAGUCUGUUUCUCGAAGGCAGUUUCAUCACCCAAGUUCGCCUCAUACACAAACUAAGUUAGUUAUAAGUUAUACGUAUCCAGGGAGUAAUUGACUUCUUGGAAUUCUUAUUUCGCUGCUCAUGUACCGGCAUAUAUAUCAUGCCCAUUAUAAUCAGUGUUCGACACUAACUUUUUCACUAUGGUAGUCCAAAGGACUAGUAGGUUAUGUAAUUAACCAGUCCUGCUAGUUCAGUAACUUGUCCGGCUGUCGGAGGCAGUCGACCGAGUCGUGAUUAAGCGACAAGGUGAUGGGGAGGUGCGGGCAGAUUUCUAUAGACACCAUCCGUCCCAUAGUUAUGAUCCGUCCCCAUGUUUUUGAACUAUUUUUCCAAGUGUUAUUUACAGUACUGAAUUGGUUUAAUGAUGGACCAUUUUGAAGAUCGGCUUAUUCGAACUUCUGGAGUUUUCCUAUAAGAAACUUUAAAUAGCCUACUAGGUUAAAUUAAGCUUGGAUGCUGAUUGAGUUAAUGUUUUAUGGAGCGCCAAAUUAACAUCAUAAACUCAAAUAAUUGAAGAUAUCAUCAACUCAAUUAUUGCUCUCUUUAAUUGAAUUAAUGCGCACAUUAAAUCAAUUAUUGCCCUCAUCAAAUGAAUUAAUGCACGCUUCAGUUCAAGUAUUGCUCUCAUCAAUUGAAUUAAUGAGAGCAAUAAUAGAUUUGAUGCGCGCAUUAAUUCAAUUAUUGCUCUCUUCAAUUCCAUUGAUGAGAUCAUCAAUUUCACAAAAAAAUUUCAAAAAUCUAUAAGCAUAUCCUGCAUUCCUAUUGCAAAAUGACAUUCUAAAAAUCUCAUUUUAGCCUUUGAUUUUACGGAAUUAUGUAUCAUACCACGACGGUUUGGGUGUAGAUUAAUAUACUCUUGAAUUUUGAAUUGCAGUGUUACGAGCUUUAUUUUUCUAAGGAUCCAUGUGGUUGUGUUCAAGAUUGGACAUAAUUAGUCCAUUCCAUUAGGAUUUAAAUUUUUCAGUAGUCCACUACGGACUACUUACUCAUAACUGAUAUUGUAAUAGUCCUCAGGCUACUGGACUAGCAUUAUUGUGGAACCCUGGAAUACUAAUGCAAAUUUAUAUGACAUCAUUUUUUUGUUUUCAUUUCAGUAAAACAUUUCUUUCGAUGGUAUUUUGUAUUUCCUACAUAAACAUAUUUAAAUAGAAGCUGCUUUUAAUAUAUUUCAUCGUCUUCCUCACUGGUCCACUCUUUCAAAGUUCCACUAAAUGCACCUCAUACACAGAAGACUGGCGUAUUAGGAUAAUGCGAGAGUUUAACUUCCAAACAUAUAAUAUUUAGAGUUUACUUCAAUAUUUUGUUGAUGCAUUAAAACAUUUUGUUCAACAAUUGUCCGGUUAGUGCAAGGAAAAAUAAAAUUUAUGUCAUGGGUCCUUUUUCUAUACUGUACUUCUCCUAAUUUAUAGUUAGGCAACAACCUUCAUUUCCAUUUAAAUAAGUGCAAUCAAAGCCACCUGCUAAAACUGUUGUCAGUAUUCGUAAAUUACUUAGAAUUUGUUUUAUAUAGGAAAAUGCAACUGCUCAUGCAGGUGAGUGAUGUGGCCUAUGAACUCUUGUGAUGUAAUUAGAUCUAAUGAAAUGAGUAUUUUUAAUCACAAGUUUGUAUUCAACAACGGUGAAAAUUGUCAAAGGCUUUACUCUGUUUAGACACAAGACAGAAGUCAGUCAGUUCCUAAACACGAUCAAUAUCUUUAUCAUUGUUACAGUUUUAUACAUGUACAAUAACCUUUACAUUUUGAUGUGUUGCAUCAAUAAAAGAAUUUGUAUAGUAUAGAGAAAGAAAACAAAUCCUUAAUUAUAUACAGGUAAUUAAUACAAUAUAGUAAGCAGUAUUUCAAAAAUCAUUCAUAGGUUUAUGUAAUUUGCAGUAGUGAGGGCUACAAUUGGACCGUGGAUAUCGGCCUGGGUAGCUCAGUGAUUAGAGCACCUGACUAGUAAUGCAGGAAUACUUAGUUUGAUUCCUGGUUUAGCCAUAAAUUUUCUCCUUUCCAAUAAUACAGAAUGUAUUUGUUUGUACUAACGAAGUUGGGACAUUGAACAAACUUUAAUCAAGGGUGUGAUCUACUGCAGACAACAUGGAGAGGCCACCCAAAGCCGCGAAGACAGAGAAAUUCACCCAGCAAGAGGAAAAAGUUCUGGAAUCCUUGUAUAAACUUUGCAUUCAAUAUAUUGCGACAAAUUUACACAUGGUGGAAAGCUUCCGUGGCUUUCCUGAACUUGUAGCAGCUGACAUAUUUAAGGAAGCUGACAAGUUAAGCAAAUUUGACAUAUUAACACAACCACAUAGAAAUAUGAAGUUGUUUUGUGAGAUAUAUCCAAACAAUGUAUUGUCAAGUUUAAAUAUUUCGUCCUGUUACGUAGGAUUGAAUUACAGUGUGGAAUGCUUUGAGACAUUUUCUGGACUGCAUUCACUAGAUGUAUCAAGCUGUUUCCUUGGAGAUCACCAUGAAUUUUUAUCCCAUAUUGCACACUUAAAAUGUUUGAUUAACCUGAACCUAAGAAAAAAUUCUUUGUCAGAUAAAGGAGUACGUAGCUUGUAUGCCCCAUUUACGCUGUUUAAAAGAGGUCCGGAGCAUUUGAAAGUUUUAGAUAUUUCAGAAAAUGGAUGUAUAUCAGAAAAAAGUGUUAAAAAGUUGAAGUGCUUUAAAAACCUACAGAAAAUAGACAUCACUGGGACCAGUGUUAAGGUGAAGGAAAUGGGUAGUGAAUGGAGACUCUGUCCAGAGAAAACAGACAGUCUAAUGUCGAUAACCAAUGAAGGAUGGGCCUCAGAGGCAGUGCAAAAGUGGGAGAUAACACCUUCGUCUUCUCUAGAGGGAUAACCAGAAGCACAGCUGUAGUUCAGGACACCAAUGCUGUUUCAUUUGUACCAGGAUACAGACUGACACUGCAUAGAAAUCCACAGACUGAAAGUGAUACACCACAGGAAACAGUGACUACAAACUCUGAACAAGAUGACUCUACUGACUCAAUUAUAGAUCUAUACAAAGUGAAGGACAAACCAUCAUAGAAUGUGUGAAAACCCCCUUCUUUUUUUUAAUUUGAUGUUUUUCUUUCCGUUAUAAUCCUAAGGAAUAAUAGUUUGUAUUUGAUCAGAUCAAACUCAACGUUUAUAUACAUACAUAUAUAUAUACAUGUAUAUAUAUAUAUAUAUAUAUAUAUAUAUAUAACACUCAUCAAUUCAGCAUAUUAAGUAAUGCUAUAAAUACCCAAAAUAAAUCAGAAUUGAAGAGGUCAUUUAUUUGAAAAUAUUUUUAAUUGAAUUGUUGUGCUUAUCAAAUGAAUUGCUGAUAUCUUCAAAUAAUUAAAGAUAUCUUUAA